AACUGCCGACGUUUUCAUUUUGCGUCCAAAUCUUAUCGACAACUUUUAGAAUAAAAUAAAAUAAUUGUUUUUUAAAGCGAUCGAUACGUUAAAACAAUGAGAGGCGAACCCACUAAAGCCGAGUUUAAACGCUUGCCAGCGACGGUCACUCCAAUCAAUUACAAUAUCACUCUUCGGCCGAACCUCAAAAGUUUUACGUUCAACGGUUCGCAAGCCGUGCGGCUUAUGGUCAACGAGAAUACCAGACAUAUAGUGCUCAACAGUAAUGAGAUUGACAUUAGUGUCGCCACUUAUACGCCACAAAAUGGCAAACCGUUGACUUCCGAAACGAUCGAAAACAACGCCGAAACCGAAGUGACGGCUAUUAGGUUUGCGGAGACGUUGAGCGCCGGACCGGGCGUUUUGAAACUCGAGUUCACGGGUACUCUAAAUGACAAACUUAAGGGUUUCUAUCGAAGCAAAUACAUGAGCGCCGACGGACAGGAGGAACGGUAUGCGGCGGUCACGCACUUCGAGGCGACCGACGCUCGCCGCGCGUUUCCGUGUUGGGACGAACCGGCGCUUAAGGCCACGUUUGAUAUCACACUUGUUGUGCCCACCAAUCGGGUGGCGCUUUCAAACACAAACGUCAUCUGCGAGUCUGUGCUCGACGACUACCCGUCGCUCAAAGUGGUGAAGUACGCGACCACUCCCGCAAUGUCCACCUAUUUGGUGGCAUUUGUUGUGGGAGAGUAUGACUACAUUGAGGGCGAGUCAAAGGACGGGGUUGUCGUCCGGAUCUACACACCGGUGGGAAAGAAAGAUCAGGGAUUGUUCGCACUGGAAGUGGCCGUCAAAACGCUCACCUAUUAUAAAAACUAUUUCAAUAUCCCGUAUCCGUUACCCAAAAUGGAUUUAAUAGCUUUGGCUGACAUGGCGGCCGAAGCUAUGGAAAACUGGGGUUUAAUAACGUAUAGAGAGGCCUAUCUUUUAGUGGAUCCGCAAAAUACGUCGACGCGAACUAAACAAUGCGUGGCACUAAUGGUGGCUCACGAGUUGGCUCAUCAAUGGUUCGGCAAUUUGGUAACAAUGGAGUGGUGGACUCAUCUGUGGCUUAAUGAAGGUUUUGCUACAUUCAUGGAAUACCUUUGUGUCGACCAUCUGUUUAACGAAUACAAUAUAUGGACUCAAUUUGUUUCCGACAUAUUCACGCCAGCACUCGAAUUGGACGCACUUCACAACUCACACCCCAUUGAAGUACCCGUUAGUCACCCGUCAGAGAUCCGCGAGAUUUUUGACGACAUAUCGUAUAAUAAAGGGUCGGCAGUCAUACGAAUGCUUCACCGCUUUAUUGGUGACGAAUUGUUCCGUAAAGGAAUGCAUUUAUAUUUGUCAAAACACUUGUAUAAGAAUACCUUAACCGAAGACCUGUGGACUUCACUACAAGAAGCCAGUAAUAAACCAGUUAGAGUUGUGAUGACCACAUGGACAAAACAGAAGGGAUAUCCUGUUAUAUCGGUGACAUCACGUCGUGAGGGAAAUUCACUGAUACUAACCUUAACUCAAGAGAAAUUCUGUGCCGACGGAAAAUUGCCCGCAUCUGAAGCGAACACCGUUUGGAUGAUUCCUAUAUCUGUGACCCGAGCGUCAGAUCCCACCAAAAUUUGGGCCCAAGUUUUAAUGGACAGAAAAACUAUUGAUAUCGAGAUUGCGGACGUUUCGGCCAACGAAUGGGUCAAAUUAAACCCAAACAGUGUCGGCGUAUAUCGUGUCCACUAUUGCCAAGAGUUGUUGAAUCUAUUAUUGCCGGCCGUCGGCAACAAAACUCUUCCCCCAUUGGAUCGAUUGGGUCUUCAAAACGAUUUGUUCGCUUUGGUUACGUCCGGACGGACAGCGUCUGUCGAUAUUCUCAAACUCAUGGACUCGUUCCCCAACGAAGACGACUAUACAGUUUGGACGUCAAUUGUCGACUGUCUCGGACGACUCAAUCAACUUCUUUCUCACACCGAUUUGGAGACUGUUUUUCACGAGUUUGGCCGUCGAUUGUUGUCGAAGACGUAUUCAAAACUUGGAUGGCAUCCGAUCGAAGGCGAGACCCAUUUGGACACAUUGCUCAGGAGUUUAGUCAUCACAGGUUUGGCUUCAUUCCAAGACCCGGGUGUCAUAUCAGAGGCCAAAUACGUGUUUGAGUCACACCGCGGCGGCGCUCACACUAUAGGCGCUGAUAUCCGAGAGGCCGUCUAUCGUGCGGUUGCUCUCGAUUGUAAUGACCAAUCAUUUGAGGCAUUAUUUCAGCUGUAUAGAGAGGCAGAGCUCCAGGAAGAGAAGGCUCGGGUGUGCCGAGCGUUGGGAGCCGUCAACGACGCUAAACGUAUCGCUAAAGUACUCGACUUCGCGCUAUCGAGUGAAGUGCGAAAUCAGGACACAGUGUUUGUGAUCAUAUCAGUGGCGCUCACGAAGAAUGGUCGGGACAUCGCGUGGGAGUUUGUCAAGAAGAAUAGGGAUGAGCUGAGACGUCGCUACGAAAGCGGCGUUUUGGUCACAACACUCGUCAAGCACAUCUCACAAAACUUUGUCACCGAAGACAGACUACAAGAAGUGGAGAUAUUUUUCACUCAAAAUCCCUUCCCGGGAAGCGAACGCACUGUUCGACAAUCGCUGGAAACGAUUCGUCACAACAUUGAUUGGUUGGCUCGCGAUUUGCCAUCCAUUCGAUCGUAUUUAACAAAUCGCUCGUAAAAUUAGAGCAAAUAUUGUAAGAAUUAUUUAACAUAAAUUUUAUUUAUGUUUGAGAAUGUUUGCAAA